UCUUCUUCAUCACUUCCCACACAUAAAAAUAAAUAAAUAAAAGAAAAAGAAAAAAAAAAGAGAAAUUUAAGGUUCUCAUCCUGAUCAUAAAUGCAUUUCAAGAACUCAAGUUUACUCUGAUCAUAAUCUGUGAAUGGAUGCAAAACCAUGACGGUCAAAAGUAGUCUUCCGGUUAACUUUAAGAUUGGUCAGCAAGUAGAGGCUAAGUCUUUUGAAGAAGGUUAUCGUGGAGCAUGGUUUCGAUGCAAGAUAAAAGGUUGCAGCAAGAAAAGCAAAGAACCCACUGUUGCAUUAGAUUAUCUUGACUAUGAAGAUUAUAAAAAUUAUUGGAUUAACUUGUAUGAGCAUCAUUCGUCUCUGGCUGAAAAACGAAGCGAUUCAGAAAACAAACAUUUGAUGCUUCGCCCGAGUUAUCCUCAGAUCUGCCAUCAAAGCCAAAUGCCUGAUACAUGUGUAGUCUUAGAAACAGUUGGAAUUGUCGAUGGUACCUGGGAAGUGGGCGAUAUGGUUGAUUGGUUCAGAAAGGGUUGUUAUUGGUCUGCACAGAUCGCUAAAGUUCUAGAUGAGAAAAGUGUAGAGAUUCAGCUACCAGAACCUCCAUUGGGUGAAGGACAAACUUACGUAGCUCUUUGCAAAGAUUUACGCCCAUCCCUGGAUUGGACCCCAAAGCUCGGUUGGACUCUCCCCAUCUUUGAGGUAGAUAAGAAUUUCCACCGUUGUGUUCGCUUGAUACAGCCUGAGAGUCCAGGAGAAGUUAGAAAAAAUGCUGUUUGCUCGAGUGAGACGUCAUCCUAUGUGUCCUCACAUACUUCAGCUAGCUCAAUGCCUCCAGAGUUACAAAUAGAUUCUUCAGGAAGGGAAAAUCCGAAGAAAGCUUCAGUGAUUACAUUUGAAGAUAGCUUGGCAGAACCUCCAGAGAUAUCUUCCCAUUUUCGCGAAAGAGAAAUUCAGAGAAACAUGUCAGGUAAUUUGCUGAACAAACAAAAUACUGAAGCGUCAAGCGUAAAGAAUGAUGGUGCAGAAAAACCCAAUCGGUCAGAAAGUGCUUCAAGUCUGCUGAGUGAUAUCUGUGAAACAACUUUGGCCAGAAAAAAUGCAGCUUCAAGAGAAGAUCGGUCUGAUUCCGGUGGGUCCUCAAAGAAGAUGAGGAAAAGUGAAAAUGAAGUGAACUCAACAUCUUCUGACACAAUAGAGUCGUCUAUUAUAGGCUUGCAGGAGCUUGUUCACAGGGUUAGAUUGCUCAAAGGAUUAGUACACUACGGGUUUGAUUUUUCAAAUGCAAUGACGCCUUCAUGAAGAUUUUGGAUAUCGAAGAAGAUUGUUGGCUCUUGAACCUAAGUUAAGGAUAGUACAUUGGUCAUUGCAGUCCUAGAUUAUUUUUGGUUAGAUUUGGUGCGCUAUCACUAUGUACAAAGUUAGACAACAAACAGAUGGAUGGUGUUCUUGACUGACAUCGAUUAAGUUGCAUUUUUCAUUUUUUGGAUUCUUUAA